AUGAGACGAACGAAUAGCAAGUUGCUAGCUUCGCUGGCAGUUCUCACUCUCCACCCUAUGACGGCCCUCGCGCAGUCCGACGUGUCGUCGAAGCGCGGGCUGGCGUACCAAGGCGACAACCACGAGGCCGACGCCCGGCUGCUCACCUCCGAGAGGUCUCCCAUUAACUGGUAUUACACCUGGUCGACAUGGCCUGCCCAGGGACUCAACAGCUCCGUCGCCUUCGUGCCCCUCGUGCACGGCGUCAAAGACGCCGAGGACUCGAGCCUGACGUCCCGCCUCAACGACCUUCCCGAGUCUUCGACGCACCUCUUGACCUUUAACGAGCCCGACGGUACCAAGUCGUCCGGCGGCAGCAACAUCGACCCGGAGGACGCCGCCAAGGCCUACCUGGAGCACCUCGCCCCGCUCCGCGACGCCGGGCCGCGCCGCUGGAACAUCAGCCACCCCGUCGUCACCGGCUCGCCGCAGGGCAUCGAGUGGCUCCGCAAGUUCAACGAAUCGUGCUACGACAUGGACGACGCCGGCUGCCCGACCGACUUCGUCGCCGUGCACUGGUACGGCGACGCGACGGGGCUCAAGAACCACCUCGGCGCGCUGCGGGCCUUCUACGGCGACGUCUCGGCCGACCUCGGGUUCUGGAUCACGGAGAUGGCGCUGCCCCAGCAGAGCGCCGACGCGACGCUCGCCAUGAUGAACGAGAGCCUGGCGUACCUGGACGGCCUCGACGACGUCGAGGCGUACGCGUGGUUCGGCGCCUUCCGCGAGGACGAGGCCAACGCGUGGACCGGCGACUCUGUGGCCCUGUUCGACGACCACGGCGGCCUGACGGACCUCGGCGCCCUGUACCUCGGCGGAGAGGAGCGUGGCUUUGAGGCCGGCCAGAAGGGCGAGGGAAACUUUGCCGGCCGUCUUUCGCCGGCCGGACUGCUCCUCUGGGGUACCGUAUUUGCUGCCGUCGAGGCUCUGUGGUAA